CCUUUUCAAUUUUCUUUUGUUUUAAUUACUAUCGGAACCCGAGAAGGGGGCCCUUUUAGGCUUUCAUUCCUGGUCGAGUUCAGGCCAUUUUCCUUUGGAAGCCGACUCCCCACUUUCACCACUAGCGAUCUCUCACUUCUCAGCUUCUUAUGAUAAUCAACCAUCCUUAAGGAGAAAAUCUUUUCCAAAAGAUGGUGGGGUGGCAGAGACAUUUGCAAUGUGUACUUCGCCAAGCUGGGAGAAGACUGGAACAUAACUAUACUUUGUCUGCCAACUAUUCAUCUUCUUGUCGCUUGAGCUCCUCUUUUUUAACUGGUGAAUUGCCUAGUAUUCAGAGAUUGUGGAGAUCACCUUCUGCUAGCAUUUCAACACCUUUAUAUCAGUAUUUCCAACAGUUGGGAAUUUCAACUUCAAGGAAGUUACUAGCAGGUUCAUCUGAAGAGACACCCAUUUCAUCACCAUUAACUCCUGUUUUGGCAAUAAAUAGUGGAAAGACUGAAGAGAAGAAAGUUGUUCCUAAUCGCUCAAAAGUUCAAGCAGUGUUAAAGAACAUAAAACAGAGUCCUAAGAAGGUCAACUUGGUUGCUGCAUUAGUUCGUGGUAUGCGUGUUGAGGAUGCAUUAUUGCAGUUGCAAGUGACGGUAAAGCGUGCUGCUAAAACUGUCUAUCAGGUUAUUCACUCUGCUCGAGCAAAUGCUACCCAUAAUCAUGGACUGGAUCCAGACCGUCUGCUGGUUGCGGAGGCAUUUGUCGGAAAGGGAUUUUAUAAGAAGAGAAUUUCCUACCAUGCUAAAGGGAAAUGUGGAAUUAAAGAGAGACCAGAGUGCCGACUAACAGUGGUGGUGAGGGAGAUGACCCCUGAAGAGGAGGCUGAGAUAGCCAGGCUGAGAGUGAGCAAGUUUCGCAAGCUUACUAAGCGGGAAAGGAGGCUUGUACCCCAUAAGCUUAUCGAAACCACUCCUAUUUGGAACCGCAAAGGCAAAGGCAGCAGCCAGGAGCCAAGUGGCAUCGCUGCAUGAGAUGUCUCCCCUGCUUGUGUUCUGCAUUUUAGUAAUAACAUUUGAGGUGCUGAAAAGAUUGUAGUUUAGCCUUGUAGAAAAAGUGAAGCUCUAGAGGCAUGAGAAAUUUUGUAUUAGUCCGAGGUGGUGCUGAAAUAUAGUUUUAAAUGGUUGGAUAUUGUUUUAGAAUUGUAGAAUUUCAUAAUUUUCGUUGGUUUUUUAAUCCUUUUUGGACAGUAACGUUGGAUUUUCAUCAAAACAAGAAGAGGGGAUGUCUGAAGAA